UCCUCGCCGGGAUUGACUGAAGCGUUCGAGAGCAGGGGGCGGGGUUAGCAUGGAGGUAGCCGAGGUGCCGGACUCCGCGGGCGGAGGUGCGGGUUGACGAAGCGCGGCCGUGGCGGCAGGAGCAGCAACAGCAGUGGCAGCCGUGGCCGGGGCGCCUCGGGCAGGCGGGCCCCAAUGGAGCUGGAGAACAUCGUGGCCAACACGGUGCUGCUCAAGGCGCGCGAGGGUGGAGGUGGAAACCGAAAGGGAAAGAGUAAAAAAUGGCGCCAAAUGCUCCAGUUCCCACACAUCAGCCAGUGUGAAGAUCUUCGGCAUACAUUGGAACGGGACUACCACAGCUUGUGUGAAAAACAGCCCAUUGGCCGCUGCCUCUUCCGGCAGUUCUGUGAAACCCGACUUGAGCUUAUGCACUGUGUUAAGUUUCUGGAUGCUGUGGCAGAAUAUGAAGUCACCCCUGAUGAGAAACGGAAAGAGUGCGGGCAGCGCCUGAUCGAAACAUACUUGACUCCCACGAGUGCGGACCACGUGCCUGAAGUGCCUGUGGAACUAGUAAAUCUAUGCUCUGAGCGACUGGAGCAGGAACCUGGUAAAGAGCUCUUUAAGGAAUCUACCAAGCUCAUCCAUGACUACCUUAGCAUGGCACCUUUUGCUGAUUACCUUGACAGCAUUUACUUCAACCGUUUCCUGCAGUGGAAAUACCUAGAAAGGCAGCAUGUGAGCAAGAACACUUUCCGCCAGUAUCGUGUGCUAGGAAAGGGAGGCUUUGGAGAGGUGUGUGCUUGCCAGGUGCGGGCCACUGGGAAGAUGUAUGCCUGCAAGAAGCUUGAGAAGAAGAGGAUAAAAAAACGAAAGGGAGAAGCCAUGGCUUUGAAUGAGAAGCAGAUCCUGGAGAAAGUGAACAGUAGGUUUGUAGUGAGCUUGGCUUAUGCGUAUGAAACUAAAGAUGCCCUCUGCUUGGUCUUGACUCUCAUGAAUGGCGGGGACCUGAAGUUCCAUAUCUAUCACAUGGGAGAAGCAGGUUUUGAAGAGCCACGAGCUGUUUUCUAUGCUGCUGAGAUAUGCUGUGGUUUGGAAGAUCUCCACCAUGAAAGGAUAGUGUACAGGGACCUGAAGCCCGAGAAUAUCUUGCUAGAUGACCAUGGUCACAUCCGCAUUUCUGACCUGGGUCUCGCUGUUUAUGUUCCGGAGGGACAGACGAUAAAAGGUCGGGUGGGAACAGUUGGCUACAUGGCUCCUGAAGUGGUGAAGAAUGAGCGGUACACAUUUAGUCCUGAUUGGUGGGCCUUAGGAUGUCUGCUCUAUGAGAUGAUUGAGGGCCAGUCGCCCUUCCAGCAGCGCAGGAAGAAGAUCAAGCGUGAAGAAGUGGAACGGCUGGUGAAAGAAGUGCAGGAGGAAUACUCAGAGAAAUUUUCGCCUGCUUCACGCUCUCUCUGUUCCAUGCUCCUGUGCAAAGAUCCACUAGAACGCCUGGGAUGUCGAGGUGCUGGUGCCCAGGAAGUGAAAGAGCAUCCUCUCUUUAAAUACUUGAAUUUCAAGCGUUUGGAAGCUGGGAUGUUAGACCCUCCAUUCAAACCUGAUCCCCAAGCUAUUUAUUGCAAGGAUGUCUUGGACAUUGAGCAGUUCUCCACAGUCAAGGGGGUUGAGCUGGAGCCUAUAGACCACGACUUCUACCAUAAAUUUGCCACAGGAAGUGUCCCUAUUCCUUGGCAAAAUGAGAUGAUAGAAACAGAGUGUUUCAAGGAGCUGAAUGUCUUUGGUCCAGAUGGAACCACACCUCCUGAUCUGGACUGGAAGGGGCAGCAGCCUCCCUUGCCCAAAAAGGGUCUACUCCAACGUCUCUUCAGCCGACAGGACUGUUGUGGAAACUGCAGUGAAAGCGAAGAGGAACCCACGCGCCUAUAGGUCCGGCCAAGCCGUCUUUCCAUAAGCCUGGCCGAGCCACCAGCUGACACGAGGAAAGAGGUGGUCCAGACCUCACGGUGGCUUGUCUUCAGGGUAGCACGUGCUAGCUCUACCCGUAGGGGCUCAUCGUUACAGGGUGACAGAAGACACUUGCCCUAUGGAGGAGAUACUCCCAGGCUGGGGGAAACGGGCAUCUCGGGCAAGAUCUUCAGAGGACAGGGAAGGGGUCGUCCAACCACACUUCCUCUGAAGCAGAGAAACGAGAGCAGGAACUAGUGAAACCUUCCAGGGCGGGCCCUGGCCCCGGCCUCUGGCCUCCCCUCUGCUCACCUCCUGGAGUUGGUUUUAUAUAUUUAUAUUGAUAUAUCUAUGAAUGUAUGUAUAUAACAUAUGGUAAAUUUUUAAUUGUUGGGAGGGGAGUGGGGGCCCUUCUGCCUCUCUCUCUCUCUCUCCCCCCUCCUCUCUUUUUCUCUCCUGCCCCUCCCGUCCUUGCCUCAUCCUUGUGAACACUGUGCAUCAAGAACUGCUAGGAACCAAGUAAGCAAAACUGAUCCCUGGCCCUUUUUCAUGAUUCUCAAAUACUUCCUCUGAGGACUACCCGUUCUGGUUGUGGUGACCAGGGAUGGGGAAGCUGCGGUAUGGCAGCUGAAAUACAAGAGCAGCCGCCACUGGCAUUCCCUAGUUCUCCCUCUCCUGUUUCCUUCACUCCAGCGGACUCACUGUGUGAUGCCAUGGUGCACUGCAAGCAUGGUGGCAGCAUUUUAAAGACUCCCUGCAGGGUGGUCAACACGUCUAGGCAGCAGCUGCAGCUAUGUUCUUUACUGGCUUAAUGUGGGAGUAAAGAAGUCCUAGAAUUGUUAGAUUGGCAUAUACGUUUCCAGCAUGGCUGAUUGUAGCAUACUGGUUUCUGGCUUUAAUUUAUCUGUCGAACUCCAAUAAGGUCUGGUAUGAAUUGGCAAGAAUGGGAGUUGGAGAAUGUUUGUCUUCUGUUGGGAGCUGCUGUAGGACACGAGUCCAUUUUCUUGGACCUCCUUCCCCCCCUUCUGUACCACUAUGCCCCCUUUUCCCCCCUUCAAGAAGUGAAGUGAUGCUAUUGUUUGUCUGUCCUAAUGAUGUAUUCCAAAGGAUGACUCGAAAGGGAUCGCUUGCCAGUGGUGCAGAUGCCUGCACAUAUUCAAGUCUGGAAAAUUGAGCUCUCUCUCUUAUGUCCAAAGGGACAGACUACAUGAGGAGGCCAGGGAGCAAAUCAUACUUAUUGCAAAACAGGUGCUAGGGCUCUCAGUUUGGUGGAGCAGCACUGAAAGCAUGAGGUCAAGCUUGUUUAUAUAUCCCUUGUGCAAUUUUCCCAAUAUACAUUGCACUCUGGAGGCACAAAAAAAUACAAGCACUUUUAUUUUUAUGCAGUGGGAUAAAGCAUCAGCUUUGGGGCCCAAUUAAUUUGCUCCUUUUGGCUCAGUACAAAUAAAACGACCUGUGCCUCAUGUAACUUGGUCCAAAGAUCUGGCUCUUUUCCUCAUAGGAAUCUCUGCUAUGGUCUUCCACAGCUGGGAACCCAAGUCCUCGGGGGGGGGGGGCUGCACUUGCAAGCUCUGUAGCAGAGCAAACCUGCUCCGGUUCUCCUUUCCAGCUGGACUAGUGGUUUCCAGACCUGUCCUUUCCUUGGUUCCAUGUCUUGUGUGCAUGUUGUCAGUUUCCCAGCAGUUCUCUCCAAACUCGUAUGGAGUGGAUUGGGGGGGGUGGGGGGCCUUGUCGCAGGGCAAUUGGCCUCCUUUUCCAGUUUAUCUGUGGUACCUCAUGCUCGUAUUGCACUGUUGUUUGUAUUACUGAAACUGUUUGGAUUCAUUUGUUCAGUGUAAGUGCUGGCUAGCCUUGCUGUGGUAGAGAAGUAGACUAAAUCACCAGGUGCUGAGUCGUCCCAUGGUGGUGCUCCAUCAGACGCAUCAACCAGGCUGCUCCUGAAUCAGAGCAGCUCUAAUUCAUUGCUUUCUGUGUGCCUGAAAGAGCCUUGAUUACUGCCUUCCACCUGUGACUUCUCUCUGCACCUCCUUAUGCCUUUGACAGCCUGUCAUUCAACUUGUAGAUGACACAUCACUGUUACCUUUCUUACACCUUCCCUUGAAAAUUCUAGUUAAACAUGUUAUGCUUUUUUCCAGACAGCUUUAAUGUGUGUGUGUCUUCUUCUUUGAGCUUUUUCAUUUGUAUUUGCUCUCACUCGGCUUCUCCCUUGAAGACCUCUUUUAUUUCUGGCCAUCUGAGGCGGAAUAUUUGACUGGAAGAUCAUGUAUGAAUUAAAGUCAUCUGGGCCAAAACAGUCUCUUAAAGCUGAUUCACAUUUACUUGUAGAUUAGACUUGAAAAGUAGUGGUUAAAAAUGGAGCACACACUGCAACUGAUUCUGAUGUGGUUGGGAGGUCCAGCUCUUAUGUUGUAUUUCAGGGAGUGCCACAUGUGUGCCAUUAUCAGUUGACAUUAGACAUAAUUUUUGUCAAUUAAAAUUAAAUCCUUUUUGUACUGCUUUUAAA